AAUCUAAUUUAUUGCAGAUAAGCGAGCUGUUAAAGUUUGUUUAUUGUUUAAACUGUUUCACAUUAAACUUGUAAAGAAUAAAAUUAAUUUUUUUUACGUUUCCUAUAAGUAAUUAUUAAGUUAUCUAUUUUGUGAACAAGAUGGAAGGACAAGCGUGCCCACGUUGUAAAACAACAAAAUACCGGAAUCCUUCUUUGAAGCUUAUGGUCAAUGUGUGUGGACACACAUUAUGCGAAUCUUGCGUAGACUUGCUCUUUUUAAAAGGGUCUGGCUCAUGCCCAGAAUGUAUGGUACCAUUAAGACGUAACAAUUUCAGAAUACAGCUCUUCGAAGACCCGCAGGUAGAAAAAGAAGUUGAUAUACGAAGACGUAUACUACGUGAUUACAAUAAGAGAGAAGAUGACUUCGAAACUCUAGAUGAUUAUAACGAUUAUUUGGAAGAAAUUGAAAAUAUUAUAUAUAAUCUUGCUAACAAUAUUGAUAUAAUUAAUACAAAUAAGCGCAUCGAAACAUAUAAACGUGAAAAUAGGGAAAUAAUACAACGAAAUAAAACACGUGUUGGUCGUGAGGAAAUAGAAUUGACGGAGUUGAUUGAAAUUGAACGCGUCCAGGAAGAGACGAGACGACAGGAAUUAGUUGCGCUUGAAGCUGAGCAAAAAAAGAAGAAAGUCCGUGAUAAGGAGGCAAUGAUAGACGAGCUUAUGUUUAGCGGUAAGAAUGCAACGGAAAUUGUAAAUGAAUAUGCGGAAAAAGCAGAAAAAUUACGAGAAGAGCAAAAAAAGGUUCCACCUCCUGUACAAUUUUCUAGUGGUGUAAAGUUCGGUCGUGACAAAGAUCAAGUUUAUUUGCCAGUUCCAAAAGCCGAAGAGGGUCCUUUAUACGUUCAUGUUUUACCAAAGUUAUAUAUGCUCGGUCCAACUCCUCCAACAGCUGAUGAUAUACAAAAAAAGAAUUACUUAGCUCAUAUACGCCAGGAAACUACGGCAGAACGCGCAGGUGGUUAUCGUGCUAACAUGGCUUGCCAACGGGCGCUACAGGAAGCUUAUAUGGGGUUGUACUUCAGUAGUGCAGAUAUGUAAUAUAAAAUCUAAAGAUUCCUAAUGCUUUAAUGUAUUUAUGCAGUUCAUAAUUAAGAAAUUUAAGUAUUUUAAAUAAAAAUAAUUGU